CUCUUUUUCUGCAACCUGAUUCUUGUUCAAUCAUGGUGUUGAUGAAGCCGAUUGAGAUGGGGACGGUCUUCAAGGGCACGUCCUUCCCUCCGAAUCUCAAGAUCCUGAGGCGCAAGGUGGACGACCUGCCAUCGUCAGCAUCGCCUGUGACGUCGAUUGGCUCUGCUGCUGCUGCUGCUGCUUCUGCUGGUGCUUCGACCACAUCAUCGAGCAAGUCGAGCAAGUCGCGACCGGUCUCGAUCAUCUCCCGUGCCCCUGACGCAAGUGGCGCUCCUGCCAUCAUCGAACCCGAGUCAGCUGCGUCGCCCGCAUCGGCUGUCGCGUCACUGCCCGAGAGCAAGAGCAAGACCACCGACAGCUUGGCAGAGCCCAAAUCGAGUGGCUUCCGGCUCCGACGCAAGUCAACUGGCCAUGUUGUCACCUCAGCAAUGUUUGGCAUGCUCGCAGGCGGACUGGUCGUUCCAGCCGCCCCGAUGGCGCAAAAGUCCGAGUCGGACAACGCGCUGCACGUCAUUAACGACUUGUACGAGAACGAGUUUUUCGCAGCCGUCACCUACCACUCGUGGGCGCUGCUGUCCAAGGCGCUGCGCAAGUACCAGUACAAGAUUCUGCUCAAGCCCGUGGCCGCGCGCACUGCUGACAUGCGCGAAGCGGACAAUACGUAUCGCGUCAUUGCACACGCAGACGCGCUUGAAGACAUUCUCGCAGAUUGGAGUCUUCUGAACGAGCAUGUUGUGCCCGUGUUGCGCAGCGAUCCCCACAAGGUCAUUUUCAUUGACCAAAUCAUGCGUCAGCUUCUCAAGAACUCGGUUGUUUCGCCUGUUAAAAUUACUGCUGAAGGAUCCAUCAAGCUCAAGCGCAUGCGCUCUUAUCGCGUGGAUCGGAGCAUUGGUCACGGCGCAUUUGGUGCCGUCAAGCUGGGCAUUCACGAAGGCUCUGGCCAAAAGGCUGCUCUCAAGAUGAUUCCAAAGGAAAAGGCAGAAUCGCUUGCUACCAUUAUGAAGGAAAUUGAUUUGUUGCAGGGUCUACAUCACCCCCAUGUUGUAGAGGUUUUGGAAGUCAUCGAUCGCCCAAAGUACGUCUGCCUGGUUCUUGAGUUUGCCGCUGGUGGUGACCUUCUCGACUACAUCAACCACCAGCAGAACAACAUUAUGCCAGAGCGCGAGUCGGCCCGCAUCUUCUUGCAAAUUACCUUGGGCGUCGAGUAUCUCCAUGCAAACUGUGUCUAUCACCGCGAUCUCAAACCGAACAAUAUUCUGCUCGAUGACAAGAAAAAUGUCAAAAUUAGCGACUUUGGCCUCUCCAAGCGAACCAACUCUCAGACUGAGCCGCUGAAGACCAUGUGCGGCUCGCCCAUCUAUGCAGCACCCGAAUUGAUGACACAGAACUACCUCGGCGCUCCUGCCGACACUUGGAGCUUGGGUGUCAUUCUCUACAAUUUCCUCACUGGUCGCCAUCCUUUCAACGUCGACACGGCUGACGGUGUCCCGUUGAUUUACAAAAAGAUGCGCACCAAUCGCCUCGAGUUCCAUUCCUCGCCGUCCGAUGGAGCGAAAGACUUGUGCGCUCGAAUUCUCGUCUGCGAUCCCAUAGCACGUAUCACUAUUCCUCAGAUUCUUGGUCAUCACUGGCUUGCAGACGUCAAGGCCGAGUACGCCCUACAGUUCAACCCCAUUGAUAAAGCCACACCCGCGAAUAAGGCGGCGAUUCAGCUCAAGCUCGAUGCUGCUCAUCGGCAACUGCUGGACGAGUGGUCAAACAAGGAUGAACGAUGGAAGUUUGAUCACCUGGAUAAGGAAGUCCAGUAUUGGGGUCCUGCCACCCCGGGUGAUGCCGGCGCCAGUCUUGUGCGCAUCAAGGCCAAGGCCGUGAUGCAGCACAGCGUUGACGAGGUCAUUCGCAUGAUCACCUCUCUGAUUCGCAGCACGGAAACUAGCAAAUGGCUCAAAGAAGAUCGUCUGAUUGAGCAACUUGGCGAUCAUACAGAAGUGCGAUACCGAGCUCACGAGCGCUCCACGCUCUUCCACAAGACUCUUCGUGACUUUUGCGUUGGCAUCGACACCAAGACGGAUGCCGCCACCGGCAAUGUUUACAUCGCUGGAUGCUCUGUCGAGCACCCGGGCUGCCCGCCCAAGAGUGGUUUUGUGCGUGCCGAGAUCAAUCUUAACGGUUGGGUGAUUGAGAAUUUGAAUCCUACUUCCUGCAUGGUGACCUAUGUGUGCUUGAUUGAUCUCAAGGGCAACAUUGACGACGGAGUGAUCAAGAUGCUCACGACCGACCUGCCGCUCUAUGUCACAAAAGUGCGUGAUGCGCUCAAUCUGGACAAGUCUAGUUGAACGUCCUGUGCCUCUUCGCCUCAAGAGAGCCAUUCAGUUGUGUUACAGGCGCUCGUGUCUGCUUUUAUUGUUGCGUUGGUUUGUGGUUGUAUUGCGUGAGUGUGUCUUUGAGCCAACUUUUCUCUUUCAUCUUAUUCACCCGCAUUUGUCUUUCGUUUUCUUUGGAUGGUCCGUUGCCUCCUCGUUAUGAGCAUCGUUCUGAUAUCGUUGGAUGACAAAAUCGAAUCGCUUUUCCUUUUGCUCCCGCAAUGCUUGUUUCCACGUUUCCAC